CUCUUCAUACCCACCGUGUCAACUCUUGUUCAAACUUCUUAUUACACCACCAUAACAAAACGCCACCGUUUUGCUCUCUUUUCAUUUUCAUUUAUUAUUUUUAAUUAAAUAAAUGGCCGAUGAUAACACUUCCAAGAAACGGUUACGUGAUGACUCGAACGAGUCAGAACGUGAAUCGUCCGAGGCAAAGCGACUCAGAGACGAUUUACUCGAUUUCUUGAACGAUUCUGAUCCAACUCCUUCAACUCAAGAUCUUGACUCUGUUAUGAAGAGCUUACAAGAUGAAAUCUCUGCAUCAUCUUCUUCUCCUACUUCCCUUCGUGUGACGUCAGAUUCCGGCGAGUCUCAGGCUCAGAUCGGGUAUCUUCUUGAAGCUUCCGACGACGAACUCGGACUUCCUCCACCGGGAUAUCCGUCGGUUCAUGAAGAAAAGAAAGAUGAAACUGAGUUAGCUCGAGUUUUGUCUGACUCGUCCGGAAUCGGUGAGUUAUGGGAGUUUGAGAAUCAGAUACCGAGUUAUGACUCGUUUGAUUUAGGAACUGGAUUUGGAACUUAUGGUUAUGAGAAUAUUAAUACUGAUUAUGUUGCUUUUGAUGGAAUUUUCAAUCAUUCCGAUGUGUAUUAUGAUUCCAAUGAUUUUUCCGAUCCGUGGCGGCACGGAACCUUGCCGGCGGCACAAUAGAAAUCAUGAAAGAAUGAAAAAAAAAAUCAAAAAAGGAGGAAAAGAUAAUUUUCCUAAAUUAAUUAAUCUGGCUAAUGAAAUUUUAAUUAAUUUCUUAGGCAUGUAAAUUUAUUUUUCUCUCUAUAUCACCUUUUUGUUCCCUUUUUUUUUUCAAGAUAAAAGGGAAUUAUAGAAUUAAUUAUAAAAUUAUGAUAUGAAGAUGUGAAUCAUGGAACAUGCGUCCAGACAUGAUGAUGAAAAUUUUUAUUUAUUUAUUCUGAACUUCAGAAUUACAGUAA